AUGGCUGGCAACCCUCGAUACAAAGUCAGUUGUGAUCCAGCCGUACCAGCUGCCUACCAGGCUAGCAUGAAGGCAUUUGAGAAGAAAAACUGUGGAGAGUCCGAGUAUUUUGGGCGUCCAGGCACUUGGCAUGAAGAGACACAGUCGUGCGAAGCCCCCGGCCCCGGGGGCACGAAUACCCAAAGAUACUACCAUCCGCUCUUUGCUAGCUCUUCAGGUGGUCCCAACAUCAGCCCGCGUUGCCACUGGGUUCCAGCUUAG